AUGCGCUCUCCCAUCCGAUUCGCCUGCCUGGGCUUGCUCGCCGUCGGGCUCACAUCAGCCCUGCCUUUCGAAGCAGUCAACAGCCAGAGCAAUGACGCCCGAGCGCCCGCCAAGUCGCGGUCGUAUGCUGUCGUCAACGUCGAUGGCACAUCCAACGCAGACGGCGGGAGCAACGCACAAGAACUCCAUCGCAGAGCACCGGCAAAGUCCUACUCUGUGGUCAAUGUGGAUGGAGGCUCACCGACCACCUCGGAAGCGCCGUCGUCGGUCACUCUUACAAAAACCGUCGACAAACCAACAACAGUCUCACCUACUGAGACGGUUAUCCACACCAAAGAUACGACCCUGGUUGUGACGGAGACGCGGACUCCAGCGCCGUCGGUCACCCAGACCGUAGUCUACACGACCACCAUCUUCGCAUCUUCCACGGCCACGGAGACUGAAUCAACCACAUCCACGACCACUAUUCCGCCGAGCGUUGUGACGCUUCCCCCAUCGGUGAUUACGGUCACUGCAACACAGUCGGACACGACUUCAUACUACGACAAUGGCAUGUGGCACACGUCAUAUGCCGUCAAAACCUUUACGACGACCACUCCGUCAUAG